AAAUAUCGCCAUCCCAUGUGCUGUUCACCGGCUAUUAAUACCCGUUAUUGGACUCCCUUCACUCUUCUGUCUCUUCAGUUCCCACUAUGUCGAUCGCUUUGCAGAGGAAUAGCAGUAAUUCAAUCCAACGCUCGGGGUUUAUCCACGGGAUGCCCUGCAUCUCAGUCUACGGUUCGUCGGAGGAGAAAGGCUUGAACGCUCGUGCUCGGAUGCCGAUGGAGAGAGAUGAGGAUUCGGACUCUUGUAGCUCGUCAUCGAUCGGUAGGAAUAGUGACGCAUCUGGUGGAUCGUCUGAUUGCGAGGAUUCAUUGGAGACGGAGGUGCAGAGCUCGUUUAAAGGACCUUUGGAUACCUUGGAUGAUUUAGAGGAGGUGUUGCCUAUUAGGAGAGGCAUGUCCAAAUUUUAUAGUGGAAAAUCAAAAUCCUUCACUAGUCUAGCUGAUGCAGCCACUGCUUCUUCAAUCGAAGACUUUGCAAAGCCUGAAAAUCCCUAUACAAGGAAACGAAAGAACUUACUAGCUCAUGCUGUUUUGUUGGAUAAGAACCACAAGUAUCCUCCAAAGGAUAAUGGAAGUGAGAUAUCAAAGAGGCAAGCUAAUUACAACCGAAGCACUGUGACCCCUGGGGCUGCCUCCAAUGACAGUGGGCAAUCCAACUCAUUAUCACUACCUUGUGCCCUUCCGCCUUUGCACCCACAAAUUAGAAAAUCGCCCAACAUCAUAUCAUCUUCACCACCUCCCCAGCAGAAACCUCCCUGUCGCUCUUUCUCUCUGUCUGAUCUACAAUGUGUUGCUGCUGUAACUCCUAACAUAACUGGUUUGGCUGUUCGUAGUGGAGACAAGGACAACAAACUUAACUGAAUUCAACUAAUGCCUUUCACUGUGGUAGGUGGAUCUUGAAGCUGGCAAAAAAGUUCACUCUCUUGGAGUCUGUCUUAUUCAGUUUCCUGCUUCUUUGUCAUAGGUUUGCCUAUUGUACUUGGCUUGUUGCUCUAGGUCUACCUUGGCAGGGCAAUUUGAGAAUGUAAUACUAGAUAUACUAUUGUUCAUCUCUUGUUUGCUUUGAGUUGGACAAUCAUGAGACUGCUGCUUGUAUUAUAUGCGAAGUAAAAUAUAUUUCUUCUU